AUGAAUCAAUUUUUUAAUAAAAUAAAUUAUAAAAAUUAUAUAAUUAUUUAUUUUAAUAAUUUUAUUUUAUAUAAUUAUAAAAAUUAUAUUAAUUUAUAUAAAUUAAUUAUAAAUGAUAGUAAAAUAUAUUAUUAUAAUUUUUUUAGAAUAUAUAAUAUAAUAAAUUUUAUUAAUUUGUUUUUUAAUAAUGAUAUUUGGAUAAUAGAAUGUGAUUAUAAUAAUAUUAAUUUAAUAUCUAAAUAUUUUAAAAAUUUAAUAGGUUACUCUAAUAAAGGAAAUAUAUUAUUAUAUAUAAAUUAUAAUAAUAUAAAAAAUAUAAAUAAUAUAUAUAGUAUUAAUAAUACUUUUAAAAGAGUUAUAAUAAUAAUUAAAGAUUUGAGUAAAAUAAAAAAUAUAAUUAAUAAUUAUUUAGAUUAUAUAUAUUUAAAUUUAAAAAAUAAAAAAAUAAUAUUUAUUAUAAAUAAUGAUAUUGAAUAUAAUAUAGUUAAUGAUAUUAUUUUAAAAAAAUUUAAUAAUAAUACUUUUAAUAUAAUAAAAAAAAUAAAUAAUAAAAUAAAUAUAAAAAUUAAUAAUUAUAAUAAUAUAUUAAAUAUUAAUUUUAUAGAUAAUACUGAUAUAUGCUAUAAAUUAUUAGAUAGAUGUAUUUACGGUCAAGAUUUAAUAAUAUCAGUUAUAAAAAAAAAUAUAAAGGAUAUUUUUAAUAAUUUUAAUAAAAAAAAUAAAAAACCAUUAAAUAGCUGGUUAUUAUGUGGUCCUAGUGGUACAGGUAAAACAGAAAUAGCUAAAAUAUUAUCAAAAUCUAUAUAUGGUAAUAUAGGUAAAUUAUUAAAAUUUGAUAUGAGUGAAUACCAAGAAAGUCAUUCUAUAUCUAAAUUAAUAGGUACACCUCCUGGUUAUAUAGGAUAUACUGAAGGUAGUAGAUUAAUUAAUUUAAUAAAUAAAAAUCCUUAUUCUAUUAUUUUAUUUGAUGAAAUAGAAAAAGCGCAUAAGAAUAUAAAUAAUAUUAUGUUACAAAUAUUAGAUGAAGGUAUUCUUUCAUCAUCUACAGGAGUAAAAGGUAUUUUUAAAUAUUCAUUUAUUUUAUUUACUAGUAAUUUAGGACAAAAAAAUUAUAUUUAUGAUAUUAAUAAUAAAAAAAUAUAUAAAAAACAUAUAUUAAAUUCAAUUAAUAAUUAUUUUUUACCUGAGUUUUUAAAUAGAAUUAAUGAAAUUUUAAUUUUUGAAUAUCAAAAUUUUAAUUAUUUAAUGAAAACUUUAAAUAAAUUUUUUUUAGAAUUUGAAUAUGUAUAUAAUACAAAUUUUAUAUUUUCAUUAAUAUCAAAAAAUUUAUUAUAUAAUUUAUUAAAUAAUAAAUUAUAUGGAGCAAGAAUAUUAAAUAAACAAUCAUAUAAAUUUAUAUCAAAAUUAAUAGAAUUAUUUUAUUAUAUAAAUUUUAAUAAUUCAUUAAAUAUUAAUAAUAAUAAAAAUAUAUUAAAUAUAUAUAAAUAUAAUAAUAAUAAAAGUGUAAAUAAAGGAAUUUUUUUUAAAUAUAAUAAUAAUUUAAUAUGA